AUGCUAAACAAAUACACCGUGCUCUCUUAUCUUUCUUCGCUUCGUCGGGCGUUCAGAAGUUCGGGCCCUAUUACUCCUUCGGAGCGACGGGCUCGUAUAUCAUCGAAGCCACGACAGCCCUUACCCCCCGAGAAGGCCCUGCUGCUGACAGACUUGCGCUGUGGUCUGGUAGGGGCACCGAUGGCGGAGCAUCGUAUCAGUCCAUUGCGCAGUCGGUCCGGAGAGGGUGGAGAGGAUAUAUUUGAUGGUGGACCAAGCCAACAGAGCGGCGAUUCCGUCCCUGUUGACGCGAAUACCCCUGCAAUGAUCAACUGUGAGUGGCAAGAGCGCAUAAAUAUGACGAGAGUACUGAAUCGUACACACAAAAAAAACGAUAGUCGACGGAGAAGUCAUCUCGACUACUACUACUUGUUCGUCAUCUUCUUUGACCCUCUUUAUCCUUAUAUUGAUUGCCCAUCUCUACGGCUGACGGAAAGGCCAUCGGAUGGAUACGCUAGCUCCAUCUCUCCAGGGUCGUGUACUGACCAGCCUGGUGCUCUACGGAACCGCUGUCGAAUGCCAAGACGACGCUUGCAACAGCACCUCUACUGGCAACCACAGUUCCUAUCUUCUUUUCUUCUCGGCAUGCUGACAAUGACUUCUUAUCGUACACGAACACGACUAGAAGCAGAUUCCUCGUUUGGUAGCACUCUUUCUGUAAAUCUCGUUACUGCGACUGAGUUGACCUCGGACGACAACGCUACUCCGCUCGUGUUGAUCCCGGAGUCGGUGAGAGCGCCCACUAUUCCCGGUUCGAGACCUGGAGGGAGUGCUGUUCGCGCUCGUUAUGACGGCCUUCAGGCUAUGCUCGCGGUAUCCAACUGUAUGGCAAAAAUUAAAAUCGAAUAA